AUGAAAGAUACAAAUUAUUUCACUCAGAGCUACAAGCAAAUCGGAAGCAUAACAGCCACAGCAACUUGCCAAUUUAAUAGUUAUGACUCAAUGGAUAUCAAUUUAAAUGAUUUGCCCGUUGUUAGCAUUCGAUCUACGUAUAAUGUAACUCUGAGUGGCCCCUUUAUUUCAUUUCAAAAUGCUGAUUUAUCACAAGACACAAAAUCUAUUGAAUUCUAUUUAUUUACUCCUUAUUAUAUGGUCAGAAAAAUUAAAUUAGAUACAAUGCAACUAGUUCCCAUACACGAACUAUUUCAUAAAUCUCAUGCUAUGAAAUUUGACUCAGAAUUAGAAUGUACUCAAUGGAUUGAAAAAAUUCGAAAAGUUCGUUCUUUAAUUAAUGAAGUUAAUUUCAAUCUACCACCUGUUGUCGCUCAUGUGUUAGUUUAUGAUCCUACUGGUCAUCCGCUCGGUAUCUAUGAAAUAAAUUAUUUAAAUAAACAAAUUAUUUUCAACGCAUCUGCAAAAGCAUCUAGUAUUCCACCUGUUAAAAUUACACUUAACUCAUAUAUAAUACCUCCAUUAGAGUGUUCCUACGCAGAAGGCAAUCAAAAAGGAAAAUCAAUAAUUAUUAAGUCAAAACAAUUAUUACAAGAAUAUAUGUUGGCAUUUGAGUCAUUCGACUUCUUGAAAUUUACAUUUAUUACAAUUUAUAUUUCUAUUAAGCAAUUAAUUAAAAAAUCUUCAAAACCACCGCCAGUUGUCCUUGCAAAGCCAUUCAUUGAGAGAGUUUAUGAACUAGAAUGGCAAGAUAUGGAAUUUGCCUCGAUGCAGCAAGCUCCAAUUCCGAAAUCAAAUCAAAAUAACAAAAUUAUUAAAUUUAAAGCUCAUGUUGAUAUUCCUGAGAAGGCUUCCUCGCAUCUAGAGCUUCUUAAGUUCGAUCUACCAAUUUCUAGAAAGGUUUAUUUCGCAAAUUCCAAAGAAAAAACUUCAAAAAAGCAAAACUUCAGAUCAAGGUCAGAAGAAGAGAUAUCGUUCAGUAGUGAACUAUUAAAAAUCCAAAAUGAGUCAAGAACACAGAUUCCACCUUUAUUUAACGAAAUUUCAAAAUCAAAUCUUCCGAAAUACAAAACAGACUUUCUUUCUAAGGAAUUCCUGAUCCCUGGAAGCAAGUUAUGCGAAGAUUGCAUCAUGAGACCUCUUUGUUCCCCUCAAACAAAGAAAAUUUUGGAAAAUUUCGGUUUUGAAAUUCCGGAAAGAGGACAACCGAUCUACGGAACGCAAUACUUUGCUGCAUUAAGCAAGUUAGUAACAGAAAUACGCGAAUUUAACUUGAAUGAUGGAGCAAUUGUCUCAAUAAUAACUAUUUUGGCAAAAAUCAUGUCAGAAAACACAAUUAACUCUUUUUACGAACACUUUUCCAAAAUAGUUGACCAAAAUAUCGAUAAUAUUGAGAAAUUGGCGAUUUUUAUUUCUCGAAUUUUUUAUAUGGGAAUAAUUUCGCGUUUUCUUUCAUCAUUAUCCAGUCCAAUGUUCUCUAGUCUCUAUACUGAUUCUUCCCUCCUUAAAUCUCCUGAAUUUAUUGAAUUAUUAAGGGCAUCUCUUCAACCGAUCCUCAAAACGACGUUUUCUGGAAUAUUCCCCGGAACCAAUCCCGAUAUAAAGGUUUUCCCAAGGUUUGAUACAAAAAUUCGAAACGAUACAAUUAUAUUAAAACAAAAGUUGAUGAAUGGAGAAUCCCUUCCACUUGAUAUCAUCUCCGACAUUGUAUAUAAUGUAUCGCAGUUCUUUGCAAGCAAUUUCAAGCCUCCGACGCCGAUAAUUGCGAAAUCUUGCAGAAAUUCUUUUUAUUGCUUCCAAGUUGCCAUUUCAGGGAUAUUCCAUGAUACAACAGAGCUUUUGGCACUGAAACAAACUGUUACAAACAUAACUUCGACGAAAUCAGAUAAUUUAGUUUGUUACGCAGUUAUUUCUGGUCUAAAACUCGGAAUGGCUUCUUCAUGGGUUGCUGCUGCUAUUUCAGCUGCAAGAACUGAAGGUUUGUGCUUAGAAAGUUCGAUGUUUAAAGAUGAAGUCAUUGUUGCCAAUUUAAUUGACUCAUUAAACUCUCUUUCAUCAAUAUUCUUUGAGAUUAACGAUGAAGAGAUUUUUUCUUUCCCAAAUCCUUUCAAUAACUAA